AAGAUUAGUCUAGAUCUAGUAAUCAUUAAUAAUUAUCAUCUAAAUCUAGAUCUACAUCUAGAAUCUAGAUCUAGUUAUCAAUUUUCGAACUUAACUUUUUAAAGCAUAGCAUUUCAGAUGAUUUCGUUUCAGUUAGAUUUAACUAAAUGGAUAAGGUGGUCAAGGCAUUCUAGCCAAACCUCCAGCAGGACGGCAGGGUAUGGUGGCAGGCAGGGUUGUAUGGACAUGUAGGCUUAUAUGGGAGAGCCUGUAGGUGCUCAGAAAACACAAAUAAGAUUGAGUCAAGAUUUGAACUCAAGUCCCCUUGAUAGGUAACUUUGUGAGAUGCUUUCAUUGACAUGGCAACCUUCCACCGCAGGAAGAAACGUUUUCAUGCAACAUUUUAAAAAACUUGGAGUAACUCAAAAAAGAAAAAUACUGUGGACUAGUCAUGUAUACUUCAUUCAUUAGUAGCAAGUGCAAUCAUUGGCAUCAACAUAAUUUCACAUCCUCAAUAGCCACAUGAUUUGUUAUCAUGGAACCUUCUCCUGUAGCACAUGCUUCAACAAGACCCAUCUUAUCUCAAGAUAAUACUGACAGAAACCUGACUGAUGAAGAAGAAGAGCAUGAUGAGAUUGAUAGCCAAAGUACUGUCACCCCAACUGGUGCAAGAGAACUUGGCCUUCAGCUAUGGUGUCAACCAUACCAAAAUUUAUCACUUCAUCAGAGAUUAGAAACAUUUCAAGGUACAUCUAGUAUUUUCUCCAAUCCGAAACACUUGGCUAGAGCAGGAUUUUUCUAUGAUGGAUAUGCUGAUGCCAUCAGAUGUUUUUUCUGUGGAGGAGGUCUGCAUUCUUUAAAGUUGCCUUCAGAUUAUUCUAUCUACAUGCUACAUUCUACUCACUAUCCAGAUUGUAUUUACAUCCAGUGCUUACUGAGAGUAAUGUGUAAUUUGCUAGCUGGCUUAUAUUCAUCGGAUGAGCUUGAAAGGAAUUUUGAAACUGAAGGUGACAAAAUUAUCAACUUACUAGAGGAAGAUGUUCUUCUAAUUCAUCCAUCACUACUCUGCAGAAACUGUGGAGUCAAUCGAGUCUGUAUGAUGUUUCUGCCCUGUUGCCAUCUCCUGUAUUGUCUUGACUGUGGCAUCACCUCUGAUAGAUGUUAUUAUUGUCUAAACCUGGUUUCUCAUUUUAUUCUUGCUUUCAAAUCUAUCAGCCAAUAUUGUGUUAAUGUAUGAGAUGGGAUCACUUACUGCCUACUUUCAUUUAGUGAAUUCAUAGAUAAUUUAAAACUAUAAUUGUCUAUCACCUAAAGAAAACGUUUUCAAUGGUAAACUCUAUGUAUGGAGAUCUAUCUGAUCUGGAAAUCACUUCACACCUUUUGUCUUAGAUAUAGAACUGGAUGGCAGCCUUUUUAUGUGCAGAUAGCACGGAUUAUCACUACGCAGAUUGAGGACACUGAACUUUCAACUUUUAUAAGUGACAAAAACAAACAUGUCAAGUCCAAAAGAUUCUUGUUCUGUCGGUCAAGACUACACGAAAGUGGUCAAGGUCCCCAACAGAUAUUUAUUAUGAUUUAUUUAUUGUUGCAUGAACAGGGGAGGCUGGAUUUGAUGAAAUGAGACUUUAAAAAAUACAAAGCCACCUAUAAUUAUUUCUGUGUAAUGUUAUUGUUAUCAUAACAUUAUAGUUAACACUAGAGGCAUUAUGAUCAUAAAAUCAUUGCAAAGUGAUACAUCAUUCUAAAAUUUUGUAGAAAAAUUCUUGACAAAGACUAAAAGUUUAAAUAUUUGGACAAAUUUACAAAAUGUCUGAUAUAACUUUUUGCUGUGUUAAUUUUAGGAUUGCUGCCUUUCCUGUAUGUUGUGUGAUUGAAUGAUUUUUAGUCUUUCCUGAGUAUAUUUCUUGAUAUUUAGGAAAUUAUACAUUUGCCCCUCCUGGUCUAAGAAUACACACUUCCAGGUCUGAGAAUACACAUUUCCAUUUUGGCACUUGUACUAAAAGGAAGGCUGCCUAAUCAUGGGGUAUUUCUUCUUCGGGUUCAAAUAAUGAACUAAACAUUUUGUCUUUGAAAAUAAAGAGAGAGAAAAAAAUGUCCAGUUAGAGGAUUGAACCCAGGACAUCCAUGUUAUUGUAGUGGCUGUAUUAACUCAGUUGAACUACCACACAAGGACUGACUAUGUACAAAAUUUGACCUCAAGAUCGGAUCUGAACUGACCGUGCAAAAUGUUUGCUUGAAAUAAAUUAUUGAUUGCCUGUCUUUAUUUUAUAUUCACGCCAUGCUGCACUCUUUUAAUUUUGACCAACUUUUAAGUGUUGCUCAAUUGUUGUUUUUUUUUCAUUUUUGUAUACAUCAUGUAGGAUUGUAAAGAGAAAUUUUCACAAUGAUUGCUGUCGUUACAUCAACUUUUCUUUUUCUAUUGAGAUACCUUGGUUUUUCAGUGCAUCUGUGAUAUGGGGAGGGAAGGGCUGGGAUGACUUGUUUAGUUGAGCUCGCCUGUUGAGAGGGUACUAUUCAAUCCUGUUACCUUAAAUGUAUUAACACAUCAUAAGUGUAGGGGCAUAAAGGGAAAAUAAGCUGAAAAUAUCAAGCUUGAGAUGGGCCAUGAUGACUGGUACCAUUUAAAACUAAAUUUCCAUUAGUUUGGACCAAUAAAAUCAUCUCAUACUGCUUACACUUUCUGGAAUGAACAUUGGCAUCAAGAACCUUUAAAAAUGUAUAUUUCUUUUUUACAGCCAGAAACUAAUUUUUUUUUAAAUUUUAAUCUAUUAAAUCAGCCCUUAAUGAAUCAGAAACAAUACAAAGGCUAGUUUGAAUUAUUGAUUAUAGCCAUGUGGAAUCAUUUUGUUAUUUCAUCACUUUUGCCACAAAGUCAUUAACCAAUUUGUAAAUUAACAAUUUUUGCUAUGCUCAAUGUUAUCAGUGUCUUUCAGAGUUGUAUAUAAUUUAAUUAAGUUAAAUGUUGUCUUGCAACAAAGUUGAUGAGCUGAAGCUCAAGUAAAGCCUGACUUUAAAUGGGAUCCUACAUUCAAGUAUUUUAUAAGACAUUUUAAAACCAUUAUCCCAAGUUGAACAAAUCUGAAACUGCUAUCCUAAGUUGAUAAAAAUUGAAACCACUAUCCCAAGUUGAUAUAAACUGAAACCACUAUCCCAAGUAUAAAAAUAUUGAAGCCGCUAUCCCAAGUAUAAAAAUAUUGAAGCCGCUAUCCCAAGUAUAAAAAUAUUGAAGCCGCUAUCCCAAGUUGAAAAAUAUUGAAGCCUCUAUCCCAAGUUGAUAAAAACUUUUACACUGUCCAGCCAGCUUUUUUUUUUGUUUGGAUGACCAUUUCUUCUUGGUCCACCCCCUGCACCUUGAAAGAUUACUUUUGACAGUGAGUUUUAUGUUUUAUACUAUGACCAUAGCAGCCAAUUUUGUCAUCUCUUCACAGUAUUGAGGAGUUCUUCCAUAAUGCCCAGCCAGAGUGCUGACUUGUGAAAGUACAAACUCAUUUGUCGUCUUUUCUUGCAAGAUAAAAAAACUCUGUCAACAUUCGUUAAUACAUAAUUUUCCAUCCAUGUGUACAAAUGUUGUAAUAAUCUCAUUGAAGCUUCACAAUUUAGUAAGAAAAAUUGUAUUUGCAUGUUGUGCUGUUAGUCUUCAUUUUUUUGGGCUCUGUCCAUGAGUUGUCCUCCCAUGAAAGUUAUCACAUUCAGCUAAUCAAAUGAAGCAUUGCUAGCUGAUGAGUGGCUCUAUGUUGUAUAUGUGUAUUAAUUCGAAUGUCCGAGAGAUGUAUACAUUUCUUUUUCAUUUUAUCUUUUAUUUGUUACUAAUAAAAGUUAUAUUCAAAAUAAAAAUAAAAAAACAACAGUU